AUGACUGAGAAACAGAUGGAUCAGUCCCAAGCUCGUCGACGACGACGAGAUGGAGCGCCAGGCGUACAGCAGCGUCUGUACACAAAGGAAAAGCCUUAUGUCUGCCAUUGUGGGUCGGCCUAUUCUCGUCGAGAUCUCUUGACCCGCCAUCAACGUAUUACCCAUGAGACUAUAUCACCUAGGUCGUCUGAUGGCCUCUCAUCGGAAGAUAAUCACCAGUUGUCUGCGACGGAAGAGGAUCCCACUUCUGAGGACCAUAUUUCCUCUACUGCAUCCAUUCCGGAUUUGAGUAUGGAUCACAACAUUCACCAACAUCAACCAGCACCACCAUAUUCAAAUCCAGCCCACGGUUUAGCCAUUCAAACCCAGGCUGUCACCCAGCCCUACCAGUUAAUCGCCGGCCAAGAUAUCUACCCCAACGGUCAACACUACCAAGGGUUUGACCACUUCCCAGGGAUACAUGAUUUCUCAGACCCAGUCAGCCUACCUCCAGAAUGGAGCCCUUAUUUUCAUAGCCCAGUCAUGGAACAGGAGAUGGUAGAUCCUGCUUUACGAGCUUCGAUUGUUGAUGUGUCGUCGCCUCUCUCCAACGAGAAUUUCUCGAUGCACGGCUACAAUUCUUGGAUGUCGCCAACGGCUCAGAAAUGGGGCAAUUAA